AUGCCAGUCACUCCCCGAAGCAGGACCGCUUCCGCAAGCGGUUCUCCAGCCAAGGCCAACGGCCGCAGACAAUCUUCCCGCAUCUCGAUCACUCUUUCUGAUGAAGAAGAGCCCGAGCUCAAGAAGAAACUCCGCAGUCGCCCGCCCAAAGCAAAGGUGCCAAUCGAGGUCGUUGACGAUGAAAAUGACGAUGAGGAUGAUGAUGACGAAGAAGCUAGUGACGAGUUCGAGGUGGAAGUAAUCCGUGACCAUCGCCCGCACAAGGGCCCACAAUCAUGGGAUAUGGAGUAUCUCAUCAAGUGGAAGGGUUGGUCUGAGGCUGACAACACCUGGGAGCCAGAGACAAACCUCCCGCAGAAUCUCAUCGACGACUAUUGGAAGAAGCAGCCUUCCAAGUCGCAGCCAAAGAAGUUCGAGCAGGUGGGCAAACAAAAGGCACAAGACGAUGUGGAGACUGAUGAAAACGACAUCGAGGAGAUCGAAGCGGAGAGCGAUGAGGAGGACGAGAAGUCGCCCAGAGGCAAGGCUAAGAACGGCCGUGGCUCAACAGCAACAAAACGUUCGAGCCCUUCAAAGUCGACACCCAAGCGCGGCGGUGCCAACAAGCGCCCACGUACUUCCACAUCUAGCCGACGUCGAGCAUCGUCCGAUGAGGAGGAGGUGGAGGAGGAAGAGGAAGAGGAGGAUGAGGAGGAUGAGGAGGAUGCCGCUUCAGUUGAAUAUGAAGAGGCGGCUAAGACGGCAUUUGCCAUGAAGAAGAUCUCGGAUCGCUUCCUCGACCAUUACCUGAAGAAGUACGAGAGUUGGGAGAACCAGGUGAGGGCAGUCAACAACAUGCAACGCAACGCUGACACCUCGCAGUUAGAGUCAGAAGUCGAGUUCAAAGAAUCAUCGGCAUGGACUCGGGCCAUGGAACAGAUUAACGAAGAGCACAAGUACGUCGGCAAGGGUCCUUCCAUCUGGAUCGCCAACGACAUUGUCAACAAGCGAUGCCCCCAAAAGGUUAUCAAGUUCUACGAGCAGCAUGUCCGCUUCUCGAACCCUCGCUCCGCUCAUUAG